UAAAAUUUCUCUGGAUGCCGUUGGAACCAUCCCCACAACCAAAUAGAAGUUAUGUCGAACUGAGGAACAGUGACACACAAACAUCUCUGGAACCCCAAGCUGUCAAAGAAGAUGGUUUGUGGAAUUCUUAGUUUCAGCUCUGCUCUAUCUCCAAUCUCCAUAUCUCACUAUAGAAAUAGAACAGAUCCAAAGCUCAAGACCGAUCUUUCUUCUUCUGUUACACUUGGAAUUCGAUGCUCAAGUUCUAGCUCAGAUGUGGCUCAAACCUUUGAAAAAUCUGAGAAUGAUGCUGCUAUGACUGGUGGUGCAUUUGACUUCACAAGAGCAACAACAUCACUUACAGAUAAUAAGUCAAUCGCUUCAUCAAAGAAGGUAACUCUUGUCCGGCAUGGCCUUAGCUCUUGGAAUGAAGAAAGUAGAGUUCAGGGAAGCUCAAACCAAUCUGUCCUGACAGAAACUGGAGUGAUGCAAGCAGAGAGGUGCAGAAAAGCCAUUGCAAAGAUGCAUUUUGAUCAGUGUUAUUCGAGUCCAAUAUCUCGGGCCAAGUCCACUGCUGAAAUUAUAUGGCAAGGGAGGGAGGAGCCGCUCGUUUUCCUCGACUCGCUGAAGGAGGCUCAUCUGUUUUUCCUUGAAGGCAUGAAAAAUGAGGAUGCCAAGCAGAGAUAUCCAAAGGAGUAUGCAACGUGGAGAGAGGACCCUGCUAAUUUUUAUGUGAAUGGAAUCUAUCCUGUAAGAGAACUAUGGGGAACAGCCAGAGAGGCUUGGAAGGAGAUCUUGUUAACACCUGGAGAACAUGUUUUAGUCAUCACUCACAAAUCAAUUUUGAGGGCACUGAUCUGCACAGCUUUAGGGCUAGGCCCCGAGAGAUUUCGUGCCAUUGAUGUGAACAACGGUGGAAUCUCUGUAUUCAAUUUCAACAAGAAAGGAGAAGCAAUGAUUCAAUCUUUGAACAUGACCGCCCACAUGUACAGUGAUCAUGUUUAUCUUUACUGAAACUUAGUGCGACUUGCUGACUGAUGAGGAAAAAUGAAGAGAGCAUACACAGCAUAAAAAAGGUGUUGGAAAGAAGUUAAAACCAAGAGUUCCU